AUGGUGGAUUCCAAAGAGUCUGUGGGGGUUAUUGGAGCCGGGCUGGUUGGUGCGUUGGUAGCACUUGGUCUUGCCAAGCAAGGAUACGCGGUUACAGUCUAUGAUCUCCGUCCUGAUCCGAGAAAUGCCCAGGAAACAAGUCUGCGCUCAAUCAAUUUGGCCGUUAGUGAGCGAGGUAUCCGCGCAUUGAGAUACGUGGACCAGGAAAUGGCCGAGAGAGUUCUAGAGGGAAUCAUUCCCAUGCAUGGCCGGAUGAUCCACGAUUUGGACGGCAACCAGGAAUCUCAGCUGUAUGGUCUUUUUGGGGAGGCUAUCAACUCCAUUGACCGCAAGAAACUGAACCAGAACCUGAUUGAGGAGAUUGAGCGGUUCAAUGCAACUGCAAAAUUCAAGAUCGAGCUGAUUUUUGGGGCCAAGGUCACCAGCGUGCAGGUGAAUGGCGGUGUGACCAUCGAUUACAUUCGUGCUGGCGAGCCUCGAAGAGACCACAGAGAUUUCGUGGUUGGUGCGGACGGCACUUACUCGGUGGUGAGACAGAGUCUGCAGAAGCUGAUUAGGAUGAACUACAGCCAGGAGUAUAUUGACAUGUGCUACUUGGAAAUGUACAUUCCUCCAGGUCCAAAUGGUAGCUUCCAGAUCGACCCGAACAGACUGCAUAUCUGGCCACGCAAGACGUUCAUGCUGAUUGCCCUGGCCAACCAGGAUGGGUCGUUUACGUCUACGUUUUUUGGUCCAUGGAAGUUGGUGGAGUCGCUCACGUCGCCCAAGACCAUUGAGUUCUUCUUCAAGAAACACUUCAAGGAUGCUAUUCCGCUGAUCGGCCUCGAUAAAAUAAUCGAGUGCUUCACCACGUAUCCACGGGGUGCGCUCAUGCAGGUGAACUGCAACAAAUACAAUUUCGAGGAUAAGUGUAUUAUCAUUGGCGACGCAGCUCAUUCGAUGGUGCCGUUCUACGGCCAAGGAAUGAACUGUGGGUUUGAGGAUGUACGGAUCCUGCUGGAGCUGCUUGAAAAAAAUAGUCACGAUAGACGCACUGCCUUUGAGACGUACUCGGAAUCGAGGGCUGAAGACCUUAAGGCAAUCCUAAAGCUCGCGCUGAGAAACUACCACGAGAUGUCGAGCGAUGUGACCUCUUCCAUUUAUUUGUUUAGAAAGAAGCUGGACGGAAUUCUGGGCAGAUUGAUGCCGCAGCGCUGGAUUCCGCUCUACACUAUGGUGUCCUUCAGAUCGGACAUCAGCUACUCGGAUGCUGUCAGGCUCAGUCAGAAGCAGCAGCGGAUUCUCAGAUGGGCCGAAUGUGGCGCGGUGACCUCAAUUCUGGCAGGGACUGCAUUGUAUCUAGCCAGAAGAAGUAAGUAG